AUGGAGGAAGAUAUCCUGACCACCCUGAAGAUCCUCAUCAUUGGGGAGAGCGGGGUGGGCAAGUCUAGCCUUCUGUUGAGAUUCACAGAUGACACUUUUGAUCCAGAGCUUGCUGCUACUAUAGGUGUUGAUUUUAAAGUGAAAACCAUUUCAGUUGAUGGUAAUAAAGCAAAGUUGGCCAUUUGGGACACUGCUGGACAAGAACGUUUCCGGACCUUGACUCCUAGCUAUUACAGGGGUGCACAAGGUGUUAUAUUGGUUUAUGAUGUGACGAGAAGGGACACAUUCGUACGGCUGGACAACUGGUUAAAUGAGUUGGAGACAUAUUGCACAAGAAAUGACAUAGUAAAAAUGUUAGUUGGAAACAAGAUAGACAAGGACAAACCGAGAAGUAGACAGAAACGAAGGUCUCAAGUUUGCACGAAAACAUUCAAUGUUGUUUAUAGAGGCCAGUGCUAAAACCAGAGAUGGUGUACAGUGUGCCUUCGAAGAACUUGUUGAAAAGAUUAUUCAAACUCCUGGACUUUGGGAAAGCGAGUCCCAUAACAGAGGCGUCAGAUUGUCAGAUGAAGCUGGUGGCCGAGGAGGAACAUGCGGCGGAUAUUGCUCCAUGCUAUAA